AUGCGCAUGUUGUUGGGAUAUAAGAAAUUGAGUCUUUUACAGAACGAUACGAGUGUACGAGACGACCUUGACUGCUUGAAAUCUCGAGAGGACAUAGAUCCAUGCCAUUUAUAUGAGACUACUGAAUCUUUACUACAUGUAAUUCGGACGAUUUUGCCGUCAAGAGCUAUUACAUGGAAGUUAAUAACAGUAUAUUUCAGGUAUAUAUAUGCAUAUUGGCCCUUUUUUGAUGAGGAUUACUUCAGAGUUGAAAUAUCUAACAUAAUAGGCGACGAAAAUGUUGAUGGAGAAGUGAUUUAUCCUGUUAUCAGAAAUAAAGAAACUUUUGCAUACUUAGGAUGUUUAUUAGUUAUUUUACGUGUCAGCUAUUUACUAUGCAUUUUGGAUAACAAGAACUUUGGUAAUAUGAGUUAUGCUAUAACCAAUGAGGCUAUCUAUGUUGCAAAUUUGUUUUUGAGGCGAUAUGAUCUCACAUCGAGGGUUAGCUUGCCUGUCUUGCAGUGCGCAUUAUGCUUGCGACUUCACCAAAGGAUUGAUCCAGAAAUUGCAGAGGGAUUUAAUCAGAAGGUAAAUAAUAGCAUUAAUACGGGCAUGCUUGUUCAAAUGGCAUAUUCACUUGGAUUGAAUAGAGAACCACAAAGAUAUACUAUUCGUGAAAAAAGAUUAAGGAAGAAAAUUUGGACUAUAUUACUGAUUUUUGACGUAUUGGAAGCCAGCUCAUCGGGUUCUGUCUUAUGUAUUAACAGAAAUUAUUGCUCGACAAAACCUUGCGAUGUUGAGGAUUUUGAAGAAGGAAGCAAGAAUGCCCUGUCCUCCUUGGAAAGAAUUGUCCUUCAAAAUUUCAAGGAUCUGUCUUUUCUAGUAAAAUAUAAAACAGAUAUAAUAAAUAAAGUUUUGGAUGUGAAUGGACGCACAAAAGUAUCAGAUUUCGUACAGUUAAUGAAUAAUUUUGAAAUUGAGGCAUUCAAGAGUGUUGGUUUUUUGAGAGACUUUUUGACACCUGCUUUUUUAGAUUCUACAGAAUUGGAAACCUACAACAAAACAUACAAGGCUAAGUUAAUUUUAACGACAAGGUCAUUUCUUUUACCAUUAUAUGUUCAUUUAUGCCUUUUCUUUGAAAGUAGAAGUAUUCUGGAAUUGAAGCUAUUUUAUGAAAAAAAGACACAAUGCGUCAUCAUGGGUGAAAUGUUGCCAAUUUUGCUUUCCCUCGCAGAAGAUUCAAAUAAUUUUUGUGGUCCAGUCGGUGUCUUGAUUCUCAUUUCUUCUUUCGUACAAAUAUUGCACAGAGCAAAUCUUAUAAAUAUAGCGAUAUUCAUUAGAUUGAAAUAUCACAUGUACCAUUUCGAAAAUAUUUAUGAUCAUGCAGACGAAAAGCAGUCAAUCCAUUUAAAUCUUGAAACAGUGGUCCAAAAACUUGAGAAAUGUAUUCUCAUUUUUUUAAAUUGCGUAAGUAAACUUUGCAACGAGUACCAUCAUUCAGGCGUUGUGCCUCUGGUUUACAAGUCCUACUUAAAUGCUACUAAAGAAAGAGAGUUUUAUGAAAAGCGUCCGGGAGACGAACUUUUUGAAAAGACCGUGUAUACGAAUGAGCACCUUAAGCAAAUGAAUAUAAUUUAUAAUGAUGCGUUGAAAUGUAUAGGACCAGCUUAUGCCUCAACCUUUUCAUUCGACUUAUUGGACGGAUAUCAUGAAUGUGAAGAUUUUGUUGACCUGAAACAAAAUUGGCCUGGAAGUUGUGCCAUCUAG